UCUUUAGUGUCAUUUUAACAUUUGGCCACAACGGUUGUGUUUCGUUCGAAGAUUAAUAUUUUUUGUUUUGGUGUUAAUCUGUGCUUAGUGCGUUCCGAUCACCAUGAAGUUGUUUGUGGUGGCUUUGGUGUUAUCUCUCUUUGCCGGCAUCCAUGGAGCCGCGAAUAGUACAGCCAAUAUGGUCUGCUACUAUGAUUCGGGCAGUUUUAUACGAGAAGGUUUGGGUAAAUUGCUGAAUCCUGAUCUGGAAAUCGCCCUUCAAUUCUGUACCCACUUGGUCUAUGGCUAUUGUGGCAUUAAACCCGAAACAUAUCAGGCUUAUAGCUUACACGAAGAUUUGGAUAUUUACAAACAUCAGUAUUCGGAAAUCACAGCUUUGAAGAGGAAAUUCCCCCAUCUGAAGGUCCUGUUGAGCAUUGGUGGUGAUAAGGAUGUGGAUCCGGAGCAUCCUGAUAAAUACAUUGAACUGUUGGAGGGUGAACGUGUCCGCCAUACUGCCUUCAUUAAUUCCGCCUAUUCUUUGGUUCGUUCCUAUGGUUUCGAUGGCAUCGAUUUGGCUUAUCAGUUCCCCAAGAAUAAGCCCCGCAAGGUGCACUCCGAUGUUGGUUUGGUGUGGAAGAAAUUCAAGAAACUCUUCACUGGCGAUUUCGUUGUCGAUCCCAAGGCGGAUGAACACAAGGAACAAUUUACUGCUUUGGUUAGAGAUUUGAAAAAUGCCCUGAGGCCCGAUGGUUAUUUGUUGUCGCUGACAGUGUUGCCCAAUGUCAACUCGUCCUGGUACUUUGAUGUUCCAGCUGUAUCCGGUUUUGCCGAUUUUAUUAACAUUGCUGCCUUCGAUUUCCUCACCCCAGAACGGAAUCCGGAAGAGGCUGAUUACACCGCCCCCUUGUAUGAGUUGUACGAUCAAAAUCGUUUGUCCCACUAUAAUGCCGAUUUCCAAGUUGCCUACUGGCUGCAUAAUCACUGUCCACCCAAAAAACUUAUCCUCGGUAUGGCAACAUAUGGUCGCGCCUGGAAACUCUCAUCGGAUUCAAGUGAAAGUGGUGGUGCUCCCGUUGUGCCAAAGACUGAAGGUCCUGCUGAUGCUGGCUUGCAAAGUCAAACACCUGGUUUGUUGAGCUGGCCUGAAGUUUGUGCAAAGUUGCCAAAUCCCUCGAAUACCUUCCUCAAGGGUGCCGAUGCUCCUCUGACUCGUGUCAAUGAUCCCACCAAACGUUAUGGCACCUAUGCUUUCCGUCUAGCCGAUGCCGAUGGCAACCAUGGCAUAUGGGUGAGCUAUGAAGAUCCUGAAACUGCUGCCAAUAAGGCUAGCUAUGUCCAUGCCAAGGGUCUGGGUGGUCUGUCAAUGUUCGAUUUGAGCUACGAUGAUUUCCGUGGAUUGUGUAAUGGUGACAAGUAUCCCUUGUUGAGAGCGGCUAAAUAUCGUUUGUAGAGUUGUUUGAGUUUAGUAGUUAGUUUUCUUUUUUCGUCUAAAUGUUUUUUAUAUCGUAGUUGAUCGCUUUUUUAAUAAAAACACAAAAAAAAAC